ACGAAUCAAACUUCGUUUAUGUAAUGAAAAACUUUCAAUUUUCCGAUUAUUUUUAUUGAUAAAUAUAACUAGUAUAAAAUGUUUAUAAGAAAAGAAAUUAUGUUUAACUGUUCUCGAAUUUGCUUACAUUUUUAUAAAAUUUACCAUUAACAUUGAGUAACAUGGAAAGUUGAAUUUUAAUUAUUCCUAUUAUUAUUGAUAUCUUGCUAUGGCCGAAGAAAUAGAAGAUUUCUACGGUGUUUACUUAUUAUACUGUCUGAAUGAAAGAUUUAAAGGAAGGACUUAUAUCGGCUACACCAAGGAUCCUAAUCGCCGUAUAAAACAGCACAACAAAGGUGUAAAAAGCGGUGGAGCCAGAAAAACUAGUAUUCGAGGUCCAUGGGAAAUGGUUCUAAUAAUACAUGGGUUUCCUAAUGAUAUAUCGGCACUUAGGUUUGAAUGGGCAUGGCAAAAUCCCAAGAAAUCCAGACGGUUGAAACAUUUAGGGCCAAAACUGAGGACCGAAAAAGUAUAUGACUACUAUAUUCGUAUACUUUCAGAAAUGUUGCGUAUAUGCCCUUGGAACCGUUUAGCGUUAAAUAUACGAUGGCUUAAUGCAAAAUAUCAACGAGAUUUCAGUGAUGACAAAUUUCCACCCAUGCAUAUGCCUAUAUGUUAUGGACCAAUAGUGUGUAAAAAAGUUAUGCCAUCUAAUAACGUCAACUUCAAAAGCCAUAUAUGUAUUUUAUGUGCUCGUAAUUGUUCUCCAGACACUUAUCUAUAUUGUUUAGAACCCGAUUGUCAAGCAAUCACCCAUGUAUUAUGUCUUGCCAAAAGAUUUUUAGGCUCAUCCGAUCACAUUUUACCAAUAGAUGGCGAAUGUCCAGCUUGUGGCAUCCGUGUCCUAUGGGCUGAUUUAAUCCGUAGAAAAAAUGGAUGUUACAAAGGUUUAGUUACAGUAGGCAAAUAGUUUUACAUAAAUUAUUGUGUCCAACAUUACUUAUGUUCCUCUUCAACCUAUACUAAAUUAAUGUAAAAACAUUUUUUCUCAAAUAUUUUUACA